AUGGUGGUCAGAGAGGAUACCUCCCUGCAGCAGCCCAUCAUCCAGGAUGUUGAGAUCUUCUUGGGCAUCCGCUAUGCAGAACCUCCCUUGCGAGAACUGAGGUUUCGAGCUCCCCGACCCUACACCUCCCAAAAUUGGACCGCUACCCGCCCUAUGGUCACGCCUGGAGAGAAAUGUUUUCAAAUAUCGGGCAGUAUCCUGACUGAUACAGGUUCCACCGCUGGUCACGAAGAUUGUCUAUUUCUCAAUGUUUAUCGACCUUCUGCUGCCGAGAUCGUGCACCUUCCGGUUAUGUUCUGGAUCUAUGGCGGAGGUUACGUCGAUGGGGAUGCUUCGUCUUUCAACGGCACGGCGUUAGCGGCAUUACACAACGUUAUUGUGGUUACGGUUAAUUAUAGACUAGGUCACAUAGGAUUCCUUGGUUCCCAGAGCUCUCUGUCAGAGGAGGGCACUACCGGCAAUUGGGGAACUUUGGAUACUCAGUUGGGCCUGAAGUGGGUACAGCAGAAUAUCGAGGCAUUCGGCGGCGAUAAGAACCGAGUUCUGUUGUUCGGAGAAUCCGCGGGGGCAUUCUCCGUUAUGUGGCACAUCGCGGCUCCGGGGAGUAAGGGUCUCUUUCACGCAGCCAUCGUGCAAUCUGGAACGGCCUCAACUCCGAUGUUCUUCCAGACUCGUACAGAUGCCUUCAGAUAUUAUGACUGGGUCGCAAGUGAACUCGCAGGUUGUAAGGAUGCUAAUGAUCUUGCCUGCCUCCGAGAGGUCGACUUCCACAACUUUACCAUACCAAAUGGAAUACGUUUCGAUCCGGCCCGUGCGCCGCCUUGGGGAUCGCCCCUAUUCCCAGCAAUGCCUGUGGGUCCCAUUAUAGACGGUACAGCUCUGCCUGAUAAUCCCUUACGCAUGGUAGAGAAUGGUCUGCAUAAUGACGUACCGGUCAUCCUGGGGGUGAACAAAAAUGAAGGUUCAAUGUUUGGUCUUAUGCUACCAAAGCUUAUCCCGGGACUGAAUAUGCCAUUGGCGGAGGACGGUGUCCGCAAGGCCAUAUAUCACUUCGUGCAGAACGAGACUGCUGUCGAGGAGCUGUUGGAAUUGUAUCACUUCGAGAGAUAUUCCUCUGUCUUUGGUAGCGCGAACGGUCCCUUCGAACAGGUUUUCUAUCUUAUAAGAGACAUUAUGUUCCACUGCUCUGCAAGGCGACUUGCCGACGCUCUUGUGGACAAAGGGAAGUCUCCAAUUUGGAUGUAUUCUUUCGAUAUGCCUAACCUCUUCGGCAGUUGGGCGAUGCCUUCUCCUGUAUGUGGUCUCACAUGGCAGCCGAUGGAAGUCCGACGGGUCCACAACAACACUGCCCAGGGCUACCCGAUGGGAGUAUCCCAUCCUGGUUGUCUUACUCUUCUACACCUUUUCCCGUGCAAGUUUGACAAGUGA